GCAUGCGCACGGUGGUCUGUUAGGGCCCCGACUGCAGCAGCGGACUGUGCCAGCGGCAGGAGAUCCCGGAGGGUGCCCGCAGGCUGUGUGAGGGCGGCAUGUGGGUGUACGCUGCCCGGAGCUCCCGGUAACGGCAGGCUUCUAGCACACAUCUGCUUUGAAUAUGGGUGAAAAGAAGCCAGAACCGCUGGACUUUGUGAAGGAUUUUCAGGAAUAUCUCACUCAGCAAACCCACCACGUGAACAUGAUCUCAGGCUCUGUAAGCGGUGACAAGGAGGGUGACACCCUUCAAGGAGGGUCACAAAACCAAGAUGUGCUCACCGCUAACUCUCCGUGCCUUGCUCUACCGGCAGCUGGGACAGACAGCGAUCACAAUGGGCUUGAUCAUCCCUCGGUGGAGGUGUCCCUUGAUGAGAGCACAGGAAUGCUUGUGGAUAGCUUUGAGAGGACAUAUGAUGGCAAACUAAAAUGUCGUUACUGUAACUAUGCCAGCAAAGGCACCGCCCGUCUAAUUGAACACAUUCGCAUACACACAGGUGAGAAGCCACACCGUUGCCACUUGUGCCCUUUUGCAUCUGCCUAUGAGCGCCAUCUGGAAGCCCACAUGCGAUCACACACUGGGGAGAAGCCCUAUAAGUGUGAGCUAUGUUCUUUCCGUUGCAGCGAUCGCAGUAACCUAUCUCACCACCGUCGUCGCAAGCACAAGAUGUUGCCCAUGAAAGGCACUCGCCCUUCUCUUGGUAAUAAAAAAAUGUGGGGUGUCCUGCAAAAGAAGGUCAGCAGCCUGGGUUAUAGCCGCCGUGCUCUUAUUAACCUUAGUCCACCAUCCAUGGUAGUUCACAAACCAGACUAUCUCAAUGACUUCUCCCAUGAGAUUCCCAGUAUCCAAAAUGAGGCUUAUGAGAAUUUGGCAAAGGUCACACAUGGCGGUAUAUCUAGGGAUCCUCAAGAGCUGAUGGUGGACAAUCCCUUGAACCAGUUGUCCACGUUGGCAGGGCAGUUAUCCAGCCUUCCACCAGACACUCACAACCCUUCUUCUCCUGAUGCUGGACCUUGCCCUGAUGAGAAACCCUUCAUGAUCCAUCAUCCUCCACCUCCGGCCUGUGCCUCUGCUGUGUCCAAUAGUGUGGCUCAGAGCUCUUCUCCUGCCAGCCCUGAGGUACGCGUGACCCAUAACCACAGAAACUGUAGUCCUGUGGCUGGGCCAAGCAGUGAACGCAGCGGGAGGACCAGCACUCCCAGCAUUAGUAACAGCCAACCCAGCACACCUGCCCCGGCCCUGCCAGUACAAGACCCUCAGCUUCUUCACCACUGCCAGCACUGUGACAUGUAUUUUGCAGAUAAUAUACUUUAUACUAUCCACAUGGGUUGCCAUGGCUACGAAAACCCUUUCCAGUGUAACAUCUGUGGCUGCAAAUGCAAAAAUAAGUAUGACUUUGCCUGCCACUUUGCCAGAGGUCAACAUGGCCAACAUUGACACUAGAUUUCUGUAUGUAGGUCAUUCUUUGUUUUUUAAUUUUAAAUUGGAUGCAGCCAAUAGUGCCUGUUAUCCAAGGUAAUGUAUAUAAAAUGUAUAUAGCUGCUUCUGUGCACAUCAUUUGAUCAUGUAACAGUAAAUUGUGUGUGUGUUUGAGUGUGUGUGAAAGAUGGUUAUCCAGCACCAUUAAUUAUGUAUUACAAAGUGUCUUGAUAGGUUUCUGGUUUGUAACAAAGUUAUAUACAAUGUUUUAAGGCUUAUAUAAAAUCUGACUAAUACAGGGGUGAGAAAAAAAGUGUAAUAUUGACACCUGUUUGCAACAUAAAAGGGCUAAGGCACCUUAUUUUAACGGGACAUUAAAGUCAGUUUUUGUUGCAUUUGAACAAAGACAGUAUUUAUUUUUUUAAAGUGCUCCUGUGUGGGAAAUACAUUUUUGUUAUGAGUGUGUGGGGUGGGGUGCUCUCCACCAACUGCACUGUGGGAACUUUCAGCCAAUGAGCUUCCAACCCUUAGGACAUGCACUUCAUGUUAGGUUUUAAAAAUUAAAAUAAAAAGCUUUAAAGGGACAGUCAAGUCCAAAAAACUUUCAUGAUUCAAAUAGGGCAUGCAAUAUUAAACCACUUUCCAAUUUACUUUUAUCAAAAAUGUUGCUUUGUUCUUUUGGUAUUCUUAGUUGAAAGCUAAACCUAGGAGGUUCAUAUGCUAACUUCUUAGACUUUGAAGACCGUCUCUUUAUUUGACAAUUUUUCACCACUAAAGGUCAUUAGUUCAUGUGUUUCAUAUAGAUAACACUAAGCUCAUGCACGUGAAUUUACCUAGGAGUGAGCACUGAUUGGGUAAAAUGCAAGUCUGUCAAAAGAAGUGAAAUAAUAGGGCAGUUUGCAGAGACUUUGAUACAAGGUAAUCACAAAGGUAAAAAGUAUAUUAAUAUAACUGUGUUGGUUAUGCAAAACUAAGGAAUGGGUAAUUAAGGGAUUAUCUAUCUUUUAAAACAACAAAAAUUCUGGUGUUGACUGUCCCAUAUUUUUUUUUUUCAUGCACAAAAAUAUUUGAAACCUAUUUAAAUAACACUCUUUCAUAUGCAAGAUACAUUUGUUGGGUUUAAUGUCCCUAUUAAGUAUUCUGACAAUAUAUCCCUUGUUCAUCCUGAGCCCUGGUUGGGAAGAAAGACAACAGUCUGUACAAAGCUGGAGAAUUCUUUUGGAGUUUUGUGAAUGUAUAUUUGAAUGGAAAUAGCGUAGGAACUGGGUCUGGUUGUGAUAAACAUACACACCAUUUGUCAUGAGUGGCCACUGGUAAGUACUAGACAUGUGCGAUUCGUUUCGGAUCGAUUCGUAAAUUCGGUCGAAUUCCUUAAAUUCAGAGAUUCGGAUCGAUUCGAAUUUCCGAAUUGAAAUUGUCCCGAAUCUACCGAAUAAAUCCGAAUUAGUUCGGAUUUAUUCGGUAGAUUCGGAUGGCCAUGGAUUACAGUAGUAUUGUACAGUAUAUUAGGUUAUAUCACUCUGCUAUGGGUUACACCUAAUAUACAGUACAUAAUACUAGUCUAAUACACAGCACAUCCCACCUAACAUAUACCGAAAUUCCGAAUUACCGAACCAAAUCCAGCCGAAUUUAUUUGAAUCCGAACCAUAUUGAUUCAAAUUAUUCCGAAUUCUAAUCGAUCCGAACCGAAAUUCGAAAACAUCCGAAUCGAUCCAAACCAAAUUUUUUCGCCAUGCACAUCUCUAGGUAGUACAUUUAAUCUUGACGGCAUUGUGUGUUUCAUAUGAGCUUUAAAGGGACAUUAAAUACACUGUUUAAUUCACAAUGAAAUGUUUAAAGGGAUAUGAAACCCAAAAAUGUUCUUUUGUGAGUCAGACAGAGCGUACUAUUUAAAAAAAUGUGCUUUGUUCCCAUGAUAUUCUGUGAUGAAGAGAUACCUAGGUAGGCAUAUUGAGCACUACAUGGCAGGAUUUAGUGCUGCCCUCUAGUGCUCUUGUAAAUGGAUAACAUUUUUUUCAAAACUGCUGCCAUAUAAUGCUCCAGAAAUUGGCCGGCUCCUAAGCAUAAGUCCCUGUUUUCUAAGAUACUAAAAAAAAAUGAUAAUAAAACUAAAUUAGAAAGUUGUUUAAAAUUGCAAUAAUGUAUCUGAAUCAUGAAAUAAAAAAUUUGGGUUUCAUAUCCCUUUAAUUAUUUGUAAUAACAAAAAACAAUGUAUCAUACAUGCUAUUUAUUUUGCCUACUGUUUCCUUUAUUUUUAUCUGAAAACGUUUAGCCCUAAAGAGGUUGUAGUCUAUCCUGCAAAGUCUAGAACUCGGCAACAUAGCAUGCAGUGAUUGCUUGAUCUGUCCCUAACUGGCCACAGCAGAGGAGAUAAUAUCAAUUAAAGAGUUUUUUUUUACAGGUUUAUAUUCUUGAGCUGUAUAUUUUACUAACAAAGUGACCAUUUUAAAUACUUUUAGAAGAUUUACUUUGUAUGCAGAUGUUUUAAAAUGCAGUGGUUAAUUGAUAUGUAUACACUGCCAGUGUUUCUCCAGACCUUGGGGGUCCCUGCCAGGCCAGAGUUUCAAGAUAUAUCUGAACUAGAGCACAGGUGAAAUAAUCAGCUGGUUACUAACUUACUCUCACCCGUCAGAUGAUUAUUUCACCUGUGCACUAGUUCAGAUAUCAUGAAAAUCUGGCCUGUUAGGGUUCCCACAGACUGGAGUUGAGAAACACUGCACCGUGAAUAUAAAAUGAAUUGCUAAUAUACAGUCUGCAUAGCAAAAAAUGCCUUUAACUCAUGAAUCUCCAGAGGACCUGAUUAAUACCAUUACUAAAUUGUUCAUGGUUUGUAAAGAAGCAUUGUCUUUUAUUGUAAUUGAAAAUGUCUGUGUAGAAUAUCGCUGUGUCAUAUGUUUCUCUGAUAAGUGGUCCAUAUAUCAUUAUUAUGUUAAAUAAAUCAGUACUGUUUACUUGCUCA